AUGACCUCCACCUCUGCCGACGAUUUUUUCAGCUCUCCAGCCAGUUUUUCUUUUGCAAACACCUCCAUGCGCCAACGGACACAGCAAGCUUGUGACAAAUGUAGAGAACGGAAAACUAAGUGUUCCGGCGAAAAGCCGGUCUGCAAACGUUGCACUACCCGCGGCUUAAUUUGCCAGUACACGAGCAGGGAAACUCGUGCACGGGGAAACGUAUCUACUCCAAAGCUACGGAGUGCGGUCUCCAGUAUCGAUUUGCAUGGUUCCAAGAUACACCAGGAGAAGCAGCGGGAAAGGGAAUAUCACCACUUCCUACGACAGCAAAGUCACAAUCUGAUCUCCUACGAUCUGUCGGCAUCUCCUUCCGUGCAGUUCCCGCCACAACCAUUCCAGCUUACGAGCCAGCCACUCCAGCAAUAUGUCCCAUAUCAAUCUCGUUCCCAGCCUGCUUCUCUCUCUGGUUCGCCAGUAAUCGAGUCUUUCCCGCAAUCACAGCUACAGCUGCCUCCCCUCCCGCCAUAUCCAAGCGGCAACCGGCCUUUGGACUCACAGCCUAUUAGCAAUGGCCAGUGCCACUCCAUUCGGAGGGCUCAAAGCCAGUCUUCACUUCCCUAUAACGUCGAGGAACCGGCGUAUCCUUCGCAGGUGUUCUCACGAUAUGGAUAUUAUCAGCCCCCGAAUUCAACGAUGCCGCCUCAGCAUCACCACAACCACCAUCGCAGCCUGGAUGCAAUCUACAACACUUCCCAGCCCAUGCCUACAUACGGCUUCCAAAACUUGAGUCUCGGCGAUGGAUACCCGCCGCAGCUUGCCCUCGCCACGUCCGGCUCUUCCUCAUCGUCUUUCUCCGGGUCGACGGACACCUCACCGAUAUCGACCUGCGAGUCAGAUCAGCCCUUGACACCGUCGCCGGUGAUACACACGCCGACGCCGUUAGCGUUCCAGAACGUGCAACUGUUGGAGGAGAGGAAGCUUAUGGAGCUGGAAGCUGUGAAGAUGGAGGAGGAGCCGCGGUGGUGA